AGAGAUGACCCAGAUUAUGACUUAAUAUUUGGCUAGCGACUCCCCUCCUUCAUUAUGGCCGAAUCCCUUCUCAAAGGCAGCUGUUUCUGUGGCUCGGUCUCGUAUUCGCUGUCCGCUCUGCCUGUCUUGAGUGCAUACUGCCAUUGCACCAAUUGUCAAAGGCUUAAAGGAUGCCCAUUCGUGCAUACCGUUCACUUCGAAGCCUCCGCUUUCAAAUGGACUCAUACCGAACCUUAUGAUGCCGCCCUUCAGUGGUAUACAAUUCCCGAGAAACCACACAAAACUCGUUAUAGAUGCAACAUUUGCGGUGCCUGUGUCGCUUCCUACAACUCUGUACGGGAUAGAUGGAGCAUCUGGAGCGUCCACCUAGAGAGGGAUUCAGAGGGAAAGUUGAUACACUGGGAUCUAGUUAAGCCUACUGCGCAUAUCUUCUAUGGAACGAGGAUUCUUGACAUCAACGACGGACUGGGUAAAUGGGAAGGAUAUGAAGGCAUCUCUACCAAGAUUGCCUGACAGACUUCGUGGUCCGCAGUCUUUAUCCGUCAUGUACCUCUCAAACAUCACUUAGAUCGCUGCUCACAAAUGUCACGAACCAUUGAAGGGGCCUAUCUGAAUUUGCGAAACACAGUUUGCUUGUGUCCAUACCGGACGAGGCUAUCCCUACAAUUGAUUGGAGCCCCUACAGUACUACGUAAUACUGUCGAUCGCGUGUCGAAACACCUUGUCUCUUUCCGGUAUUCGAUUGCACUGACGGUAUAGUUCUUAUCCCGCUUUUUUGUUUUCGUCAGGGACAGUAUAUCCUCCAACCCAAUCAGCGAAUAUUUUUGAGCAAUGACGACAUCGACAUUGCCAGACACAACCCUCCAGAAUUACCCGUUGAAUAUACGCCUAAAACACGC